AUUGGGUGAUCUGAUUGGCUCAGGAGCGGGUCUCAUCCCGCGGACCCAUCGGGGAUAAGGAAGCCAUCUUCUAUUUUGGAGUCUCCGGAACGCUCGCGAUUGGUCAGAUGUUGGAACCGACGUUUGCUGCGUUUUGGUAGCUAUUAGCUAACCCGUUAGCCAGCGUGUACGAUGUUUUGCAUUCUCCGUAAGAGCAAUUAAUCCUACUUCACUAAAUUAAGUGCUGCGUGGCCCGGCGGAGGUGUUGCGCAGACCUCCAGCAGCGCUCGUCGCCCUUGCUUCUCUGCCAGCGCCGCUGCUAUGAAUGGAGGAUAAAUGGUGCGGAAAGCGGAGCGCAGCGCCCGGGGUCUCGUCCCCGUCCUCCUGGGCCUCCUGCUCACGCACUUGUCACGCUCAGGUCCGCGGGUGGCUGUGGCAAGACUGCUCUCAGAGCUGCGCUGUGGGCCCGGCCAGUUCGACUGCCGCAGCGGGAGGAUGCAGUGCAUCCCCUUGACCUGGAGGUGCGACGGCUGGACGGCCUGCGAGGACAAGAGCGAUGAGCUGGACUGCCCCUCCACCAGGGAGGAGAGGUUCCCCUUCGGAAACGGCUUCGACCAGGUGGAGGACAUCAUUGGAGUGGCCCAGCCCGUGCGCUUCAACAAGAAGUGCCCCACGGGUUGGCACCACUACGAGAAAACGGCCAGCUGCUACAGGGUUUACCCCAACAGCGAGAACUACUGGCAGGCCGUGGAGACGUGUCAGAGGGUCAACGGCUCGCUGGCCACCUUCGGCACCAACGAGGAGCUCCAGUUCGUCUUGAAGCUCGAGAUGGACGACAGGGCCUGCGAGCGCAAGGACCAGUGCAAGUUUUGGGUCGGCUAUCAGUACGUGAUCACCAAUCAGAACCACUCCCUGGAGGCACGGUGGGAAGUGGCCUACAAAGGAUCUAUGCAAGUAUUCCUGCCACCUGAUGGCCUGAGUAGCGUCUCUGAGGCCACGCCCAGCCAGGAGAGUGUGUUUUGCGCUCAGCUACAGCGGUUCCAGAUCAAGACCAUGAAUGAGAGAGGCCUCCACAGCUGGCAUGUGGAAAACUGCUACAAGAAGUUCCCUUUCCUCUGCAAGCGGAGGCAGACGUGCGUGGACAUCAAGGACAACGUGGUGAGCGAAGGGUACUACUUCACCCCGAAGGGCGAUGACCCUUGCCUGAGCUGUACGUGCCAUGACGGCGAGCCGGAGAUGUGCGUGGCGGCGCUGUGCGAGAGGCCGCAGGGGUGCCAGCACUUCCGCAAGGACCCCCGCGAGUGCUGCAAGUUCACCUGCCUGGACUCAGAUGGCGGCAACCUCUUUGACUCAAUGGCCAGCGGCAUGCGCCUCAUCAUCAGCUGCAUAUCCUCCUUCCUCAUCCUCUCUCUGCUGCUCUUCAUGGUGCACCGGCUGCGGCAGCGGCGUCGCGAACCCAUCGAGACGCUCAUCGGCAGCAACCUGCAUCACUUCAACCUGGGACGCCGGAUGCCCGGGUUUGACUACAGCCCGCAUGGCUUCGGCACCGGCCUGACACCCCUGCACCUGUCCGACGAUGGAAACGGCGGGGCCUUUCAUUUCCACGAGCCGCCCCCUCCCUACGCCCCCUACAAGUACCCUGACCUCCAUCACCCCAACGACCCCCCUCCGCCAUACGAGGCCUCCAUCAACACAGAUGCCAUCUUGUACGUGGAUUUAGGGACGAGUCUUUGUUCCUCUUACCUGUCAAGCCCACUAUGCAGAAUCCCUCUCUGAUCUUCUCUGCUGUGAAGAUGUGUGUAAGAGAGACAGAGGCCAGCUCUAGUAGACAGACAAGAAAUUACCUUCGGCCACAUUGGUUGACAUCACCACGGUAACUGGCUUCUGUUAUCGGAGGAGGGCUCCUAGUGGUUCUUCAUCUUUGUGGAUUUGAGCUCAAGAUCGCUAUGUAACAGACAUUUUUCUGCUGUCUGCAUUGUUUUAUAAUCAUGCACUUGUGCUUUUUACUCCAUUGUUUGUAUGCAGGACAGUUCUGUGUUCUCAAGAAUCAAAAGUAAAAAACUUAGAGCAUCUCUGUACAGUAGUGAGCAACUAGUUUAAAUACCCAGUACGCAUGUUAUUUUGACUUGACUAAAGCACAUUUUUACUAUAUAAUUUGUUAAAUAUGUUUACUCAGGCUUUAAUGAACUUUAACUGAAAUCCUCCCUCUUUGAACUGCUGGACUAAAAAAAUAUUUGCAGUAAAAUCUGGCAAUGUAACAAGGACAGUUUUGAUAGUUCAAGUUCGUGUAGAAAUAAAUUUGAAAGAUUUAUGUUUUCA